AUGGCGAUCAUUCGCCAUGGAGUCAAUCGUAAUGAUACUGGUCCAUUAAUGAGGUGCUCAUUCGAGGAAACUGUGGACAUACUCCUCGAUGCUGCUGUUUAUGCAGAGAAUGAUUCUGUCAAAGGUGUUACUGAAAAUAUUAUGUUAGGUCAGCUUGCACCCAUUGGCACUGGAGACUGCGCCUUGCUUCUGAAUGAGGAGAAGUUGAAGCAAGCCAUUGAGAUCAAUCUUCCUAGUUGUAUGGAGGAUGAUAUUACAGGCGUGAUACCUGGUCGUUCACCUGUCAUUGCAUCUCCAUAUCUUCAUGAUCUGACGUCUCCAAUUAUGAGCCCAUAUUGUACCAGAUCACCUGCUACUGGCUUUGAGCAUCCAUUAUCCCCUGAUUACAGCCCUCCAAACUACACUCCCACUUCUCUUGCAUCCCAGCCGUACAGUCCAACCUCUCCGAUCUAUAGUCCAACCUCCCCAGCAUACACUCCCAUCAGUACUGCGUAUUCUCCCACAUCUCCAGGCUAUAGCCCCUCAUUUCUGACCUUUAAUCCUAGCUCUGUAGGAUACACCCUAACCAAUACUGGGUAUUCUCCCACAUCUCCAACUUACCGUCUCACAUCUCAAACCGCAUACAGCCCAACAUCACCUUUCUAUAGCCCUACUUCACUGUCUUACAGUCCCACAUCUCUCUCUUAUAGUCCCACCUCGCAAACUCAUAGCCCAACCUCCCCGGGUUAUAGUCCUACCUCGCCAAGUUAUAGCCCUACCCCCCCAAGUUACAGUCCUAGCUCUCCUAGUUAUAAUCCCUCCUCUGUUAGAUACAGCCCUUCACUUGCAUAUUCUCCAACUAGUCCCAAGCUGUCAUAUUCAAGUCCAUCAUACAGCCCUGCUUCUCCAAGUUACAGCCCAACAUCCCCAUCAUACUCGCCAACGUCUCCAUCAUAUUCUCCUUCCAGUCCAACUUACAGUACCAGCAGUCCAUACUACUAUGUUGGUGAGCCAGGUUACAGUCCAAGCUCUCCCCAGUACAUUCCAAGUAGUGGAUAUUCACCAAGUGCAUCUGGAGGUUAUUCUCCGCCAUCAGCAAUGCAGUACACUUUCGGCCGAACCAACGACAAAGAUGAGAAGAAAAAGCUGUAG